UCUUUAUUUGAAGUAAGAACCCCAUAGCUAUCGCUAUCUGGGGAGAAAUGAGAUGAAGGAAGGCAAGGCCUCUUUUGAUGGGGCCUUACGCCUUACCAUCCUUUCUUAUUUGCAUGUUUUUUGAAUCUUUUCUCGGGAACCUAUUCCAAUGUUUUUGUGAUUGAAUUACUGAGGCAAACCGUCAGUGGAGAGGAGCCGCAGAUUAAAAGACUUUAACCGAACCACAAUAUGUUCAUACAACCUAUGUCGGCUGAUGUCGCGGCUGCCAUGAGGAUCUAGAUGUAUACAGUGUGUGGCACGCUUGAUAAGUUCCACCAAAGACAGGGCAGAAAAUAGUGAGGGUUUCUUUGAGCAGCAAUAGCGUUAGUUACGCAUUUGUUCACUAGCGUUAAUUAACUUCCAUACUGCCGGCCCACCCACUGUCAACCCCAUCAAAAAUCACACAACUUGCUUUUGUAUGAAGGGCACGCGGCAAGCACGGCUUCAACCUUGUAUUUUGCCACGAUCUCUUUCAGCCAAUCAUGUGGACAAAUCUUUGAAGAACCAUUGUUCAAAGAUAUUGAAAGCCUUCGGACUUGGCUCACAUUGGGACACAUCCGAAAAGACAAAAAGCCGCGCCGAUGGUGCAUUGGGACAAAACCCGAAAGGAAAACUCAACCUAAAUCAGCCACUCGGUGCAUGUUCGCGAAUCAGCCACUUGGCACAAUAAAGGUGCCAAUAUCACAUCACACGUUGGUGGACACCUGCUGAACAACACUUGAAUCUUCAGGGCAUACUCUGCGAUCAGUCUACUCAAUGGGAGCGCUAAGGAUAACAAAAGGUUCAACCCAAGGAACUUAACUAGCUUCCUUGUUAUUGGGAAAAGUUCCUUGUGGCUCCGGGAGACUUGCUAUGACAAAAGAUGUCAACAGUCUUUGGCAAAUUGUCCGACUUGUUGCAGCAGUGGUUUCAAGGGUGUUAUAUGAGUGUGUGAAACAGCGCGGACAUACUAGCGGUUCUUACUGUAAGAGUUAAGGAUCGAGGAUGUUCACUGGCGUGGCCAAUUCCAUGCUAAUAGAUGAUUGCUUUCUUGACUUGUGCCGAUUAUAUUUGGAUGCGAGGAGAUCAAUGCGCACAGGGCCAACUCUCAUUCAGCAUCAACUGGUUUGUUUGAGAUCAAGAUGAAGGAAGAAGAGACUCCUGAAGCCUCAAAAGACCUGCGCCAAGAAGCGGCACUGGAUCCUGAGAAAGCCAACGAGGACAAGAGAGCUGAGAAAGCCAGCUUCGAGUCAAAGCAGGCGCUAUGGAUCAAAGUGUGGGAAGAAACAUGGCACAAGGCAGAUGCCCAGGGCCAGUCGCACAAUCAGCGCAAGGUGUAUAAAAGAGCUAGAAGAGUGUUCAAGAGUUUGCUUGAAGAAAGGCAAGAAAGAUAG